AUGUUUAUAUUAUAAUUUAUUCUUGGAACAAGAGACUCUCUUCUAUUUAGUAGUAGCAUUCAGAGAUACAUGUAUCCAAAGCAAACAUUAGGAUUAGUUGAAUUGCUUAAGAAACUCUUUAAAUAAGAAAUUUGUAAAGAGAGUCCAGAGAGUGAAGUAAUUGCAGAAAAAACAUUUGAAAGCAUGAAAUUAGCAUUAUAAUUCAUUGGUUGGAUGAUUUUAUACUACAUUGUAUAAUGGUGUUUGAGUUUUGUGAUAGGUGAGAUAGCAUCUUCUUUUUUUUAUUGGAUUUGUGUGAUUGCCACAUAUUCUAAAUAUGCAGCAGGUAUGUGGAUUAGGACAUAAGAAGUAACAUAAGAAGCAAUAAAAAUGGAAACAAAUUUUUAUCUAAAUAGAUCAUUUGUUAGCUAUUAGAUAGAUGAAUCAGAAGUUUUAUUAAUGUUAGAUUAUUCUAUGACUAGGAUCAUUUUUAGUGUGUUAUUUUAAUUGUAAUCUAAUAUUUUGUGCUUUGUAAUAGGAAAUUAUUUACCAUUCCCAUUAAAUCUAUUAAAAAUUCCAAUAUAUUCUUUAUUCAUAUCAAUCUAAAAUAUAUCAGCAAAAAUACCAUAUAAGAAACAUUUAGCAUACUUUUAUAGUUAAAAUAUUGGUUAUUUAAUUGGAUUUAAUUUUUUAUUUUCAUGCUAUCUACAUAUAUCAUCAUUUCCCUUUUUUACAGGAAUUUUAUGGUUUAUUAUGCCAUUAUAUUUAUUAAAUGCAAUACCAAUUGAACCACCAAGAUUUGAAAAUAGUGUGAAUAACCUUUAACUAAAGGAUUACUUAAAUAUUUAUAGUUCUUAAGGGGAUAGUUAAUUAUCAAUAAAAAGAGAUUCAUAUGUAACACAUCUUAAUGUAUAAAUAUAAUUCACUAUUUUUAGAAAUAUUUUAAUGAUUAAAAUUAUGCAUCAAUUUGUGAAAAUUAAAUCUCUUAUAUUUCUAUGCCUACCCUUUUAGUGCCUUAGGUUUUAUAAAUAUUAUAGAAAAUUAUUUCAAAAUUAUAAGGACAUCAACAUGAAGAUUGA